AUGCCUCUCCCCGCGGGCGUCUACCGCGCCGACCAUGUGGGCUCUUUUCUCCGUCCGGCGCCGAUCCUGCGAGCUCGCGAGACCCUCGACGGCUCGAGCCCAAUCCCCGCCGACGAGCUGCGUAAGCUGGAAAACGAACACAUCGAAGGGGUCGUGAAGCACCAGAUCGACAGUGGCCUGCAGUCUGUGACGGACGGCGAGUUUCGGCGCGCGUGGUUCCACCUCGACUUCUUGCAGCAUCUCGCUGGGGUUGAACGACAUGGCAGCUUGUCGUCAACCAAUGUCACGUCUCACGGUGUUACCCCGCCCAAGAUUUUGGUUGUCGACAAGUUGGGCCACCCAGAGGGGAUCCAGGUCGAGGACUACAAGUUUGUCGAGAGCGUCCGCAAGCAGGUCGGGUCCAAGUCGACCAUCACCACCAAGGUCUGCAUCCCCAGCCCGACUAUGGUCCAUUUCCGCGGUGGGCGCGAGGCGAUCUCGACCACAGCCUACCCAACACUGGACGGCUUCUUUGAGGACCUGGUCAAAGUUUACCAAGCCGAAAUCGCAGACCUGUAUGCGGCCGGGUGCCGAUUUGUUCAGCUGGACGACACCAACCUGGCUUACUUGUGCGACGAGGGCAUGCGGGCCGAAGCAGCCAAGCGCCACGGCGAGGACCCGCAGAAGCUGACCAAGCACUACGCGUCGCUCAUCAACGCGGCCAUCAGCCAGCGGCCCAAGGACAUGGUGAUUGGUGUGCAUCUGUGCCGUGGCAACUUCCGUUCGCAGUGGUUCGCCGAAGGCGGAUACGAGCCCGUGGCCGAGGUGUUGUUUAAGGAGCUAGACGUCGAUGUGUACUUCCUCGAGUACGACGACGCGCGGUCGGGCGACUUCUCGCCGCUGCGGUUCCUGCCGGAGAACAAGACUGUUGUCCUUGGCGUCAUGUCGAGCAAGAAGGCUGAGCUGGACGACAAGGAGGAUAUUGUGCGGCGGUUGAACGAGGCGGCCAAGUUCUGUCCGCGUGGGCUGGACCAGCUGUGCUUGUCGCACCAGUGCGGGUUCAGCUCUACGAUGGAGGGUAAUGAUCUGAGCGAGGAGCAGCAGUGGGCUAAGGUCAAGUUGGAAGUGGAGAUUGCGAAGCAGGUCUGGGGUGAGGACCUGUCGGUUUAA